GUUCCAAUCUACACCUGAUCUCAAGAUCAUUCCCAAUUAAACUUUUCAACUCAUUCAAGAUGCAGCUCCAAUCUUCUCUUCUCUCCCUUGCCAGCAUCCUGGCCCUUGCUGUGGGAGCCCCUGCCGGAGUCAACACCGACAACCUCACCCGCAGCCAGAAGGCGCUCUUGGAUUCCUCCAAGCUUAUUUGUGGCCAGUAUCCCGGCAGCGAGUGGGUCGGGAUCGGCCCGCUGAAGGUUCCGUGUAACUCUCCUCUCCUCGCUACUCGCGAUGAGUCCACCGACUUGGACACCAACUGGACGCACGAGUACGCGAAGAAGAGACAUGAGGGCAUUGAGGAGGACGGUGUUGAGGUUAAGCGUGACGAGAUCACUGACCUCGACACUAACUGGACGCACGAGUACGCGAAGAAAAGACACGAGGGCAUGGAGGAGGACGGUGUUGUUAAGCGUGACGAGAUCACUGACCUCGACACCAACUGGACGAAAGAAUACGCGUAA